AUGCGCCUGAUAGAGUUUGAGAACCAAGACAAAUUUAGCGUGACAAAAGAUCUUCAUAAUGAAGUGCCUCCGUAUGCGAUACUGUCGCAUACCUGGGAGGCGGAUGAGGAAGAAGUCACCUUGCAAGACAUAGUGACAGGUACUGGCAAAGACAAAGCAGGGUAUAGAAAGACACAGUUCUGUGGGGAGCGAGCUGCUAGCGAUGGCCUGCGCUACUUCUGGGUGGACUCUUGUUGCAUCGAUAGAUCGAAUUACACGGAGCUCUCAGAGGCGAUCAACUCAAUGUUCCGCUGGUACAAGCACGCAGCUAAAUGCUAUGUAUACCUCACCGACGUCUCAGCCAAUACUGAGAAGACAUGGGAGUCCGAUUUCCGAAGCAGCAGAUGGUUCACCCGAGGCUGGACACUCCAGGAGCUUCUUGCUUCCCCAGAGGUCGAGUUCUUCUCUCGCGAAGGCACCAAACUCGGGACUAAGAAAUCGCUGGAGCAACAAAUCCAUGAAAUAACGGGCAUUCCCAUUCAAGCACUGGCAGGAUGUCCCUUGUCUGACUUCAGGAUUGAGGAAAGACUCUCGUGGGCAGAGAAGCGCCAGACUAAACGUGAGGAGGACGAGGCGUAUAGCCUCCUCGGCCUCUUUGAUCUCCACAUUCCGCUCAUCUACGGCGAAGGAAGAAGCAACGCUAGAACCCGGCUGCUGCAUGAAAUA